UUCCGAUGAUGUAAAUAAAUCAAAGAUUCGAACAGAUGUAGAAUCAAAUAAACAGUUUUUCGAUUCUAUACAUGAUGUUCCUCAACACAACUUUGCACUGUAUCUGCUCACCAGGGCGCUCCAUGAGAAAGAACAGCGGGUUAAAGGCAGCUUGACGCGCAACCAGUUCUUCCUGGUGGCAUUCAUCUGCAGCUUCGCCUACUAUAUCUUCCCGGGUUACCUGUUCCAGAUGCUCACCUCCCUCUCCUGGGUCUGCUGGGUCUUCCCCCACUCUGUGUUCGCCCAGCAGCUCGGCUCCGGUCUGCAGGGCCUUGGCAUUGGAGCGAUCGGUCUUGACUGGUCCACAGUCUCCUCCUACCUCGGGAGCCCUCUCGCCAGCCCCUGGUUCGCGACUGCGAAUGUUGCAGCAGGGUUCUUCAUCAUCAUGUACAUAAUCACACCCAUUGCUUACUGGUUCAACUUCUACAACGCGCAAAACUUCCCCAUCGUUUCUGAUGGCCUCUUCACCUUGUCCGAUCAAAAGUACAACAUAUCCAGCAUCGUGGAUUCCCAUUUCCAUUUCGAUACAAAGGCGCACGAGAAGAAUGGCCCACUGUACCUCAGCACUUUCUUUGCUGUCACAUAUGGUGUUGGUUUCGCAUCUCUUACCGCGACAAUUGUUCAUGUUUUCCUCUUCCAUGGAAGUGAAAUUUGGCAGUUAAGUAAAUCAGCUUUUCAAGACAAAAAGGUGGACAUACAUACAAAGCUUAUGAGGAGAUAUAAGCAAGUCCCCGAGUGGUGGUUCAUCUGCAUCCUUAUUGCUAACAUUGCUAUCACCAUAUUUGCUUGUGAAUACUACAUUGAGCAACUCCAGCUGCCUUGGUGGGGUGUUUUGCUUGCAUGUGCCAUUGCCUUUUUCUUCACCCUACCAAUUGGAAUAAUCACAGCAACAACAAACCAGACUCCAGGCUUGAACAUAAUCACAGAGUACAUCAUGGGCUACUUGUACCCCGGACGGCCUGUUGCAAAUAUGUGCUUCAAGGUAUAUGGUUACAUCAGCAUGAGCCAAGCUCUGACCUUUUUGCAAGAUUUUAAGCUGGGUCAUUACAUGAAGAUUCCUCCAAGGACCAUGUUUAUGGCUCAGGUGGUCGGAACUCUGAUUGCAGCAUUUGUAUACAUCGGAACAGCCUGGUGGUUGAUGGACACAAUCCCCUACAUCUGCAACACUGAGCUCCUCCCACCGGACAGCCCUUGGACAUGCCCGGGUGAUCACGUGUUCUAUGAUGCAUCAGUUAUAUGGGGCCUUAUUAGCCCACGCAGAAUAUUCGGCGACCUAGGCACUUACUCGGCUGUGAACUGGUUCUUCUUGGGUGGAGCUAUUGCUCCCCUACUAGUAUGGCUUGCACACAAGGCAUUCCCAGGCCAGAGCUGGAUCUUACUCAUCAACAUGGCACCGAGGUGCAGAUCCUGCAGAUCCUCCGGCUGCUCCGCGCGGGCGCGGCUCCUCGGGUCGUCGGCGCGUGACGGCAUCUUGCGGCAGCUUGCCAUCAGCGUCACCUCUCAUCCUGGCAUCUUCACGGUGACGGCGUCAUCUGGUCGGCGCCGGUUUGAACGGGCAGCAUCGGUCAUGCCGCCGGCCUCAGCGUCUUCGUGGUGGCGUAGUCGUUGGAUCGAUGCCGGGCUUGAGCGUGAAGCGCCGGUUGUGCCGGUGCGCACUUCGGUGUCUUUGUGGAGGCGUAGUUGUCGGUCGAUGCCGGGCUUGAACGUGAAGCGCCGGGCGUGCUGGUCGCACCUCGGCGUCUUCGUGGCGGCGUAG